CUUUAGUUCCCUAGUUAUUUCUCCUCCACCCCUUCGGAAACUUGUUUUUCAUAUAAUUAGACACCUUCACCAUGAAGACUGCACAAUUAUGCUUGCUGGCGUCGAUACUGGCUGGCUUCUGUGCCGCAGAUGCCGACUUGCCAAUGGCAAAUGCGCGCAUGAGAGAAAGGUUAAACGACUUUCAUGGCGCGGUUCUGUUAAAAGACGGAGAGCAGACGUCCUGCGAAAUCGCCCUUAUCUCCAACCGCGCUGGACUGGUCGCAGGCUCAUGCAUCGACAUCGACAAAAACUUCAACGCCAAAAACAUCACCCGAUACUCAGUCAUGCUGGACUCUGGCGGUAUGCCAACUCCUGGUGUAUUCCCUGUGAAGGGAAUCACAGUCCACCCCCAGUUCGAACCGCCGUCGUACGCGAAUAACGUUGCUGUUGUUUUGUUCAACCUCCAGUCGAACAAGCUGUGGGUGAGCUACAUCGAUGCUUUUCCGGGAGAAAACACCGACUACCUGUAUGCACGACGCUCGCUCAGCAAUGUAACUACUCAGACCUGGAACACACCAGACUCCAUUAGGGAUAUAGUCAUUAGUGAGGGCUGCACAAAGGCAGACACGCUGUAUGCUGCUAACAAGAAGGACUUUUUGUGCAACAACAAGACGAUGACGCCACCUAUCAAGGACAUAUGCGCUGUGCCAUACAGCAUUGUAUACGGGCUGAUUAAAACCGAUAUGGUGGCCACGGCGCUAUACAGCCACUCGGUGACCUACAACGACAAAAUGUGCGGGAGCACACGGCAGUUCCACUACUACACUAUCCUGGCAAACUUCUUGAACUGGGCACAGCAGAUCGUACCCGACGGCAUUAGUGCGUUCUCCAACAAUGGAACCAACACCAUGAGCACUAACAUAACAUACGCCAUGAAGGAGCCAAAGAAUCCCAAAGCGGAUGGCGUUAAGGUGUAUGGCGGCAAUCUGUUUGCGCGUGAUGCCUCGGUCGAAGCCUGGAUGACGAACUCAGCGGGGCUCCUCCCCUCUCAAAUAGGGACUGGCGGAAACAGCUUUGCGGGGCCAUCUAAACCGACGUCAACUGAUUCAGCCGAUUCAACCGAUUCAACAGGUACAACCGAUACACCCGCGGCCAGCCACUCUUCUAGUUCGCCAUCCAAAAACCAGAUAAUCGCUAUUGGAGUCAGUGUGCCCCUGGCCACAUUGGUUGGCGUUGCGCUGAUGUUCUACGCCUACAAGCGCUGGAAGAAGCACCACAACACGGUUGCAUGGGAUCCCUCAAACGAGCACAACAACAUCCGGUCUAUUGCGCUGGACUUGGGAGGUGCCAGCACCAUCAUGGAUAUUCCACCGACCUACGACAGCGUUCGCCAGCAAGAAGACGCGCUGACUAACUUUAUCACGGAGCCAAAGUCAUAAAUAAACACACAUCUUACCAGCAUUCU